AUGUGUCCACAUAAUAAAGUUAGUCGGUGUAUUAAUCAAAAUAACCAGAGAUCAUUAACAUGGAAUAUAUCGUUGACUGAUGAUCAAGAUAAAGUAUCUGAAAACUUUUUAAGGAUGUAUAAUGAACCAACAACGGUUGCUGAAAAAUUUGGUUCAGCUAUUUUAACGGUUCCUGAGAACAUCAGAAAACAAGCUGAUGAAUUAUUCAAACCUUCAGAAAUCAAUCCAAACGAAAUAUUUGAUUGGGUAAAUACCAAAGUCUCGUGGAUUCUUCCAUCCUGCUAUCAACAAUACCUUAAGUCUAUUCCUGCAAACCAGUCGGUCGGCUGGACACAGGUGACCGUCCAAUCAUCACCGUCAGAUUGCGGCCGGUCAGUGUCGUCGGCCGAAUUCGUGCAGUACAACGCCACCGCUGACGGCCGCUCGUCAUCGCCGACGUCUGUCCGCUGGCCGUCUCGUCUUUUCUACUGCGUCAAUGCCGACAGCAACACGAUCAACAAGCUGGUGGAACACUACUGCACUUUCUGUUACAAGAACCACGAACCGCCCGAAGUGUACGGCGGCCACCUGGUCCGGGAUGACACGCGCACCACUUGCCCUAAGCUCAGAGCGCUCCGGUGCAAGCACUGCAGCGGCACCGGCGACAACGCGCACACCAUCAAGUACUGUCCAUUCUUGUACUCUAACUACAGUUGA